AUGGCAAUGUCUAAAGUGGAUAUAGGUCCUCUGAAGGACACGGUGAGCUAUUCAAUCUGUAUGGAGACUUUAGAUGAUCCCAGAUCUCUGCCGUGUAUGCAUGUGUUUUGCAAAAAAUGUAUCCAGGAUGUAAUGGACAGACAUAAGAGGAACUUUCCUUGUCCCAUCUGCCGAGAUACCUGCCCUAUACCUGAUCAAGGGGCUGCUGCCUUGAAGGUGAACUUUUUUGCAAACUCUGUUUUGGAUGCGAUGAAAGGACUCAAUAUUGAGGAAACAGACGAGAAGGAAACAGCAAUAUUGAACUGUGAUAAAUGCAUUAAAGGUGGGAAAACUAUUCCUGCUGUGUCACAAUGUUUGGAGUGUGAUGAGAAGUUGUGCCGAUCUUGCAAGCGAAGACAUAAACGGUCGCGUUUGUCAAAGUCGCACCAUAUACUUGACCUUACCAUUGCCGGGUUCAAGUCUCUCGAAAAAGCUGCCGUCGAUAUGAUAUCGCAACUUACUAUUAACUGCCGAGAGCAUAAGAAUAAACCACUGAAAUAUUUCUGUAAGGAUGACCAGCGCCUCAUCUGCCAAGAUUGCUUUGCUUUCAACCACCAAGGCCAUGAAUUAGAAAACAUUGAGAAAGCAGGCAACGACAGCAAAGAUGAUAUGAGCUCGGCCAUCGACUUAUUUCGACAGAAGUCAGACAUGUACAUAAAGGGAAUCAAAACUGGUAAUGCAGAGUUGGAAAACAUGCAGAAACACAUUGAUGAAUCAAUGGCCAAGUUGCCUAAAGGGGAUCAAUUGGCCAAGUUGCCAAAAGGGGAACAACUGAAAGAGUUUCAGGCUAAAGUUGCUGCGCAGAUGAAGGGAAUGAUGGAAAAGGCAAAUAACUUGAACUCCAAAUCUUGUAUCGCUGAUCUGGAGAGUGAGAAAAAAGCACUUGUUGGUCUUGCAAAGCAGUUAGAGACUCUAGUCACCCUACAUGACUGACAUCAGCAGCAAGAAAUAGACAAGGUGUAUUGUUGUACAAAUGGUCACUAUACAGGGUGUUCAGGAAAUAAAGAUAAUAAUGUCAUAACUUUUAUAUUUGUUCAUGGAUUACAUUGAAAUUUACAUUGGAUUACAUUGAUAUUUGGGAUAUCGUCAAAUCAGUGACUUCAGUUUGGAAGAUUAAGCGAAUCUUUAAAGGG